CUCUCACCACCGCCGGUCUUGCUCCGCAUUCAUUAUCACUUGAGGGGCUGGCUACGCGAUGAAGUGCUAAGAUGACCUUCUCAAUGCUGGCAUGGUUCCGGCAAUUAUACUCCCUUGACACCCUCGACACUCGUUUCACAGCCUCCGCAAACACCCCUCUCAAGGCCGCCGCGGAUUCUCGCCCGUCCAAAGAUGCCCGCGCGAACAGCAUAGCCAACAAUGCGGCUCCCUCCAAAUGGGGGACGCUCGAAUUUUAUGUCUACUAUAUGGUAUUUCUCUUUGCGAUACCGUGGAUGUUCAAAUCGGUGAUUGAGGUCUCUCAAGAAAGUCAUCCUACCUAUGCGACUUACGCCAACCUGCUGUCGGAUGGCUGGAUAUUUGGCCGUAAAGUGGACAACUCCGAUGCGCAAUACUCAGGCUUCCGCGAUAACGUUCCCUACCUCCUGAUUCUCCUGGUGGCUCACCCGGUGCUUCGACGCGUAUACGAACUUUAUACCAGACCUCUUGACGCGGACAGUCCGAAAGAGAGCUCGACCGCCAUCAGCGGAGAUGUCAGACUUCGCCAGCGGGUGACGUUCGACCUCUAUUUUGCGCCGAUCUUCCUGUUCGCGCUGCACGGUAUCUCUGCCCUCAAAGUCCUGGGAAUUCUGUAUACCAACUACAAGAUCGCCAAAACCCUUCCGAAGAAGUAUAUCCCCGCCGCAACAUGGGUGUUCAACAUUUCGACGCUGUUCGCCAACGAGCUCUGCCAGGGGUACCCCUUCGAGCGCGUCGCAGCGCUUUUUGCUUCUCCAACGGGACCCGAGGGGCACGAGGCAGCCUUGAUACUAUGGGGUCGAUAUCUCGAUAGCUUUGGCGGCUUGCUGCCUCGAUGGGAAAUCCUCUUCAACAUCACGGUCCUGCGACUGAUCAGCUUCAAUAUGGACUACUACUGGAGCUUCAACUACCCGUCAUCCAGCCCCAUCGAAAAGAAACAACUUGAUCCAGCCUCGCUGUCCGAACGCGACCGCAUCACCAUCCCCGCAGAACCGUCCGCUUUCAACGGCCGCCACUACCUCGCCUACACCCUCUACGCACCGCUCUACCUAAUCGGCCCGAUCCUCACCUUCAACGACUACAUCUCGCAACAGCGACACGCCCCCCCAUCCCUCACUAAAUCCCGCAUCAUCCUCUACGGCACCCGCGUCCUCCUCACCAUGCUCUCCAUGGAAAUGAUCCUCCACUUCAUCUACGUCCAAGCCAUCUCCAAAGCCUCCCCCAACUGGUCCUCCUACACCCCAGGCCAACUAAGCAUGCUCGGCUUCUUCAACCUGCACAUCAUCUGGCUCAAGCUGCUCAUCCCCUGGCGCUUCUUCCGCCUCUGGGCCCUCGUCGACGGCAUCGAUCCCCCAGAGAACAUGGUCCGCUGCGUCUCAAACAACUACUCCGGCUUCGCCUUCUGGCGCGCCUGGCACCGCUCAUUCAACCGCUGGAUCAUCCGCUACAUCUACAUUCCUCUCGGCGGGGGCAGAAGAAGCAAUAGCGCCGGUGACACAGGCAAACCCGCAUCCCCCCUCGCUUCCAUAGCCCGCCAGAUCUUCAACUUCCUCGUCGUCUUCACCUUCGUCGCCCUCUGGCACGAUAUCAACCUCCGUCUGCUCAUGUGGGGCUGGCUCAUCACGCUGUUCAUCCUCCCUGAAGCGAUCGCCACGCUCCUCUUCCCUGCUCGUCGCUGGCGCUCCCGUCCGACAGCCUACCGCGUCCUCUGCGGCGUCGGCGCCGUCGGCAAUAUCCUCAUGAUGAUGAUUGCUAACUUGGUUGGCUUCGCCCUGGGAAUUGACGGCUUGAAGGGCUUGCUGUCUGGUAUGCUGGGGUCGUACUCGGGACUUGCUUACCUUGUUGCUGCGUGUGGGGCGCUGUUCGUGGGUGUCCAGGUGAUGUUUGAGAUAAGGGAGGAGGAAUUACGUGCUGGUGUUAAUAUGAAGUGUUGAUUGUUGUUGAUUGUUGGUUUGUUGAUUAUAUACGUGCAUAGCUAUAAGGAUCCUUCAUACGGUUGUAUAGAUGUGGUAUUAAGAUAUAGUAUUCAUUGGUAUCAUUAUAAUAAUAUCUGCU